GGGCCCCGCCCCUGCCCCGGGACGCCGGAGCUACACCGAGCUGCAGCGGACGAAUUGAAACGGGCUCUACUCAAACGAUGGCCAUGUGGGUGGCUGCUGAAAAAUACCUGUUUACCAUUGAAGCACGGGUGAACAUUUUGCAAAGGAUCCACAUUUGGGAAUGCCGUCACCGGCUCUCUCCAGGAUUAGACGCUACAGCUCCCCAGAGCAUACACCUUGUGGUCCAGGAGGGAGACUAAGACCCAGGAAUUCGGAAGCGGCAAUCACUAUGAUUCCUUGGGCACGGAGGCUACUUCCUAGAAUUGCCAACCGUUCCUUGUCUACGCCAUCAGCCAAUCAGAGGGCCGAGGAUCACCAUCGGCAGCUGGAGGCCUACGGGUACUUCUUGCCCAUCCAGACCAGAUGGCAGGACAACGACCAGUACGGUCACGUGAACAACACUGUGUACUACGGCUACUUCGACACAAUUAUCAACCACUACCUGAUCAGGUACUGUGGCCUGGAAACCGGCUUGCUGACAUCCCCCCUGGUGGGGUUCAUGGUGACCAAUCAGUGCAAGUACCACGCACCCAUCAGCUUCCCUCAGAUCCCAGUGGCUGCCCUGGCUGUGGAGAAAGUGGGCCGCUCCAGUGUAUGCUACCGACUGGCUCUGUUUCCUCCCAAACCCAGCAAGGACCAGCCUUCGGCAGAUCAGCGUGACCUCACUGACGGUUUCUUCUUAGGCCACCCCAAAUUAGCACACUUUGACACUCUGGCGUGCACCACGGGGUCUGCCGUCCACGUCUUCGUGAAUCCGGCCACUGGCAAACCGCAGAGCCUUCCAGAAGACUUCAGGAGCGGCCUGCGGAGGCUGAUGAGUCCAAGAUAGUUUGGAUUUCUAACGCUGGACACAGGACUUAUCCCAUCAUAAAAUGAAGUUUAGAUUGUUCUGUUUAAUUCCUUAGCAUGUAUUUUCGCCCUUAAAAUGGCUAUCAGUUCCUUAAACAUCUUCAUAACAGAGUCAUAUACUGCCAUAGUGGAAUAGCACCUUAGAUUAGCCCUGUAGCCAAGGACUUCACACGAUUUAUCACACAGAGCAGCUCACAACUACGCAGUGAAGCGGGCACCAUCCUAACCCUUUUAGGAAAAGUGGAUAGUGAGGUUUACAAAGCCAUUUGCCUCUGUGGAACUCCAAACUCACACUCAAAACCGACACCGAUGUCCUGCCUGCCCAGGCAGUCCCCAACCCUGAGCAAACCCAGGGCCACGAAGAUGGCCACUUCCACAUAGUGGCCACUCACUGCCUUCAAGCCAGCUGUUCUGACAGCUUCUCCCGUGAAAUUCUUUACUUCUUUGCCAAUCUUACCAGGUAGGUUACCUAUGGUUUGGGUUCAUGAAUCUAAUAUGACGCAUUACGUGUCUUCAGUUUCUUUCAGUAAAUAGAUACCUGUUUUGUUU